AUGAAAUACGGGCAACAGUUGGAGCAAGAGUCUGUUCCAGAAUGGAGCUUUCACAAUCUUGACUACAAUACUCUGAAGCAUGAGAUUAAAGUGCACACUACGCGGGACCAGGCUAUGGCCAUUGCCAUCCCUGGUCAUCAAGACACUUCGCUGAGAAAGUUUGAGGAUGGUCUCUAUGCCGAAUUAUGUCGCCAACAUGACCGAGUUGAUCUCUUCAUCACAAGUAAGGCAGAUGAAAUUUCCAGGCGGUUAGAACAUCUUGCGAGCAAGAUACAGCGUUGGGUAGCCAAGUACUCUGAUGCUAACGACUCUACCCUUUCGUUGAAAAGACAACGACGGUUCGCCAAGUAUGAACGGGAACUGUUACGGUGUGGAGAGGAAAUUCACGCUCUGUCACGCUUUGCGAAUGCGCAAGUGGUCGCUUUCAGAAAGAUACUCAAAAAAUACAAGAAAUGGACAGGAUCAACAACCUUGACUAGUCAUUUCAACGAAACCGUGCUUAGCAACCCCAAGAGCUUCACAAAGCGCACAUUCGUGCACUUGCAACGGCGGCAUGAUGAAAUCCUCACCACCCUGCAGGACACAAUGCCUCACCUUAGUGAACCCAGCUCCCCCGAAUCUGACGAGAACGCAGCGCCGGAUUUGCCUGGACAAAGUCGUCCUCGGCAAGUUGACUUUGAACCACUCCCCCCUGCACAAAUGGACUCUCCGGUUAAGUACUGGAACGAGUACGAUGAUGGCAGUGAAGGAGGAGGCCCCGAAGACGACUAUGCCAUAUAUAUCAAUCCUGAAGAUGAAACUGGAUUCCCUGGUUUUGCAUAUGUGAAUGCCAUAUUGUCAUUGCCAUACGAGAAGGCUAAGCAGUGGUUCAAGAUGAGGCGUCCGGGGCAUGAGAACCGACCCCUUCUUGCUUCCGGGCCGAGCAGCCAUGGCAGUCUCGGGUACGCAUCCACCGCGGUUAACACGGAUUCAGAAGAGGAAGGAUAUGCCAGCUCAGAUGGAUAUCCUCAGUUUGGCUAUGCGACGCAUUACGCCUUACCGAGCAUCAGCGAGCAAAAAGUCCAGAGGUAUAGAGAAAACGUGCUCAAAUGGGGAACUCUUGGUUGUUUUGUGGUGUCGUUUGUACUGCUCGGCAUUGCGGGUGUGCUCAUCCUCACUGGCAAACGCAAGCUCCGUGUAGAGGUUGACGCUGGUGUGACGGUGGGUGUCAUGAUCAGUUUGUUCUGUGCCGGCUCAGGGCUGGGCAUGACGCUCUAUCGCCGAGACCCGCUAUCCAUCCCUUACAAACUGAUGGUUUCGAGUGCAUUUGUCGCUUCGUGUAUUCUCAACGGCAUGCUUCUUGUUCUUGUCCUCGGCAAUGCACCAUGA